AGGGGUUAUUUUAAAGGUCUCUUUAAUAUUGGCCAGUCCAAAUAUUCUCUUGUCAAAUAUUUCUGGGGCCUGUACUUGAAGAAAGAAAUGAUUUUCUCAAAUCUGUGAACAGGACACUUUUUUUAAUGUCAAAAUAAACCAUCUGCUUGUACAACUGUUUCUAAUUACUUCCCUGCCUAGACUCUCCACUGAGGGGUUUGGCACCAGCACCCCGCCCAGAGCAGUGCCGCUGCCCAAAUCCUCGCAGGCAGCUCAUCAACGCAAUUGCAACUCCGGCUGGAGUCCCGGACCUGCAAGCCUGGGUGUCCGUGGGUCCGUCUGCCCGGCCAUCUGCUGGUGGCACCUCUCCCUCCUGCCGCCUCCCUUGGUGAACCCCACCUUGCAGAAGUGCAGCUCGCCCAGAGCAGCCCAGGAGCUCAGCAUGCAUCCCCCAGGCUUCAGGAACUUCUUGCUGCUGGCGUCCUCCCUUCUCUUUGCUGGAUUGUCAGCUGUUCCUCAAAGCUUCUCGCCAUCUCUGAGGAGCUGGCCGGGCGCCGCCUGCAGGCUGUCCCGGGCCGAGUCGGAGCGCCGCUGCCGCGCACCUGGGCAGCCUCCGGGGGCCGCGCUGUGCCACGGCCGGGGCCGCUGCGACUGCGGCGUCUGCAUCUGCCAUGUGACUGAGCCGGGCAUGUUCUUCGGGCCCCUGUGUGAAUGCCACGAAUGGGUGUGCGAGACCUACGACGGGAGCACCUGUGCAGGCCAUGGUAAGUGUGACUGUGGCAAGUGCAAGUGUGACCAGGGAUGGUAUGGGGAUGCUUGCCAGUACCCAACUCACUGUGACUUGACAAAGAAGAAAAGUAACCAAAUGUGCAAGAAUUCACAAGACAUCAUCUGCUCUAAUGCAGGUACAUGUCACUGUGGCAGGUGUAAGUGUGAUAAUUCAGAUGGAAGUGGACUUGUGUAUGGUAAAUUUUGUGAGUGUGACGAUAGAGAAUGCAUAGAUGAUGAAACAGAAGAAAUAUGUGGAGGCCAUGGGAAGUGUUACUGUGGAAACUGCUACUGCAAGGCUGGUUGGCAUGGAGAUAAAUGUGAAUUCCAGUGCGAUAUCACCCCCUGGGAAAGCAAGCGAAGAUGCACAUCUCCAGAUGGCAAAAUCUGCAGUAACAGAGGGACUUGUGUAUGUGGUGAAUGUACCUGUCACGAUGUUGAUCCAACUGGGGACUGGGGAGAUAUUCAUGGGGACACCUGUGAGUGCGAUGAAAGGGACUGUAGAGCUGUCUAUGACCGAUAUUCUGAUGACUUCUGUUCAGGUCAUGGACAGUGUAAUUGUGGACGAUGUGACUGCAAAGCAGGCUGGUACGGGAAGAAAUGUGAGCACCCACAGUCCUGCACUCUGUCGCCUGAGGAGAGCAUCAGGAAGUGCCAGGGAAGCUCUGAUCUGCCUUGCUCUGGGAGGGGUAAAUGUGAAUGUGGCAAAUGCACCUGCUACCCUCCAGGAGAUCGCCGGGUGUAUGGCAAGACUUGUGAGUGUGAUGAUCGCCGCUGUGAAGACCUCGAUGGUGUGGUCUGUGGAGGCCACGGCACAUGUUCCUGUGGUCGCUGCAUUUGUGAGAGAGGAUGGUUUGGAAAGCUCUGCCAACAUCCGCGGAAGUGUAACAUGACGGAAGAACAAAGCAAGAAUCUGUGUGAAUCAGCAGAUGGCAUAUUGUGCUCGGGGAAGGGUUCUUGUCAUUGUGGGAAGUGCAUUUGUUCUGCUGAAGAAUGGUAUAUUUCUGGGGAAUUCUGUGACUGUGAUGACAGAGACUGCGACAAACAUGAUGGUCUCAUUUGUACAGGGAAUGGAAUCUGUAGCUGUGGAAACUGUGAAUGCUGGGAUGGAUGGAAUGGAAAUGCAUGUGAAAUCUGGCUUGGCUCAGAAUAUCCUUAACAAUUACACGAGAGAGGUCUGGAUUCUUGUUUUUUCUAGGCCAUUAGAACAUUUAAAUGCAAAGGAAAUCUUGUAUAAUCACCACUAGGACAGGUUAAAAAGACCAUUGUAUAUUUUUCUAUUUCUGAAUUACGAAGGAAAUCUGAGUACCUAUUAGAAACGAGUUAUGCAAAUUCAGAUGCAAAUAACACUAGAAAAAAAUGUUUCUUCCAUAAUUAACAUAAGUGGUUCCUAACGAGAGCAAUUUUUCCACCCAAAAGACAUUUGGCAACAUCUACAGACAACUUUGAUUGUCACACUGGGUGGGGUGGGGAAGUACGUCGUAGGCAUUUGGUGGGUAGAGGCCAGGGAUGCUGCUCAGCAUCCUGCAGUGCACAGGACAGCCCCCAAACAAGGAGUUAGCCAGCCCCAUGUGUCAGUGGCGCCCACAUUGAGAAACAUUGAAUUAUAUGGCUAUUAGAAAUCCACAUUCUUACACAAGAAAGACCAUAUUAGAAUCUAAGGAAAACAUGCAUAUUCACAUUAAUCAAUCGAUCAGAUUUUUCCAGAAUUCCAUAUCAGUCAACAUUUUAAUAUGGGGACAAUGAAGACAAAUACACAGGAAGUAGAAUAUCAGAUUGGGGCUGGAUCAAGGGCAAAAACUGGUCAUUAAGUCAUUUGACAUUAAAUCAUUUAGCCACUAAGUCAUUUGUGUCCUCUCACUUUAAACUCAUCAAAGAAGAUUCUCUUAAAAAAAUUAUGAAAAAUGUACAAUUUAACAUUUUAAAUAAAUAGUGACAGAAGUUGUUUAUA